UCUGCAGAGAGGUGUCUGCAGAUUUGCAAUGAAGUAUUGCCAAGACUUUGUAAAUUCCUCACUGUCUGAGGAAACAGAAUGCUUGCUCUUACUGCUGCAUGGCUGAGUUAAUCCGUAAAGAGUACUCACCCUGCGAGAGCCCUUAAUGCAAGCUGAUAGUUUGGUUUACAGUACUAUUCCACUUCUAGUGAUCGCAAUCAACAGAAAAGCACCAGUCAGGCUGUGGAAUAAUGAAUGCAUUCAGUUAAAGCACCAGCUGUCGCAGCAAGCUUUCGUGGUUGACUUCUCAACUUGUUGUCCUUGCUACAUAUGUUUCACAGUCAGGCACAAAAAUCGUGUUUUUUGUUGAGUUCCUGAUUCUUCAAGUCAAGAGUAGAGCAAGUGUUGCUAAUUGGGAAGAAAUUCACACCUUCGGUUGAAUUGCUUGCAGGAAAGUGGUGGGUACAGUGCUUUGAUCAUAAAUCUGUUCAAGGUUUUACUUAAAUGAAAUUCUACUAAAAUGAGCUUUCAAGGUAACAAUUCCAGCAAGGUAGCAUGCUCAGAAAAUGAGAGAAGAAAUUACUUUCAUCUCCCUGUUUUGAUCAGUGACCCAAAUGGUAAUCAAGUUGCCUGCAGCACAGAAGUAUCUUCCGAAGCUAUCCGUGUUAGAACCCCAUUGACUAAUGGAAGCUGUGAGUGCCCAGAUAUACAGAUAAACCCAAUUAAUAUUGGUGUUGAUGUCAGGAUAAUGGUUUCUGACCAAAUAGCUUGUAGGCCUCAGGACAUGCAUGGACCUGAAUUGAAAAUUGCUGGUGACUCUUUCUGCGAUCUUGCAGCACCUACUUGUAUGGUUCUCGCCAGUUCACAAAGUAACUCUUCAGAUUGUCACCGAUGGCUGGCUGAUAAGUGUUGUCAUGCAAAGUGUUCUGUUACAUCAACAGAUUCAGGGCAAAGGAAGAUGGAACAAGACACAGUUGAUGCUAGACAAGUGACUUUAGACCAAACCAUGACUGAGUGCCAUGUGACAGAUUGUGAGGACAAGUUCAGCACUUGUGAUACCAAUGAAGCUUGCCUAAAGAAAUUGGAGCAUCGUGUUUCAGAUGACUACUUUAAAUUAUGUCCAAGUGCCAAUCCUAAUGACACAGUAAUGGGAAUUGCAAUGAAUACGGAAAUAAAUUUGAAAUAUUCAGUACCAUCUUCUGAAUCCAUGUUGGAAAUGAAGCACAAUGUCGAUGACAUGGAAUAUGAUUCUAGUGUGCAUGUUGUUGAAUCAUCUGUAUUUUCAAACAGUUCAGAUUAUUCAGUUAUGUCAGAGCAAUCAUUAGACACAUUUGAAAAUCCAGGUGAGACUGAGAUGCUGAACACUACACAAAUUAUAAAUCAAAUAUCUCAGGAAACCGACUUGAAUUUUGACCAGUGCACACCCUUAGAGAAGAGUCAGUCACAUGCCUUGGGUAAAGUUGAAGAAACGCGUUCUUUUAACCACAGCACUGGACCAGCCCUAUGCCCCACCCUAAAUCCACAUCACAAUUUUGGAGACAAAGUAUGUGGAACAAGCUACAAUACAUUUGAUAAAUGUGUGAAACAUCAACUAAAUGCAACAGAUAUUCAGUUACAAGUUGUGAAUGAACAUUACACUGAAAGAACGCCUUUAACACAGAUAGGUGAACCUAAACUUUACGAAAUGCCAAAAAGCUCAGCAAUGAACACCACAUUCAUAGUGUUAAAGGACACAAGUGAUGAUUCUAAAUUUGGAUCUGAGGUUGACAGUUGGAUGACUGAUGUAAAGGAGCUUGUAACCCAAUCAGGAACAUCUGGGCAAGGAAAUGUAAACGAUGAAACCUUUCUCGUUUCCAGUCCGUCACUUCAUGAACAUAACUUCUCUUCAAAUACAUCGACUCCUUUGCCAGAGUCCAGGAAAAUCAUUUUCUUCAGCUCACCGCUUCAGAAUCCAGCAGGUUUAUCUGACAGUGAAAACUGUUGCACACCUCCAGUGGAAGAGACCCCAACUGACAUGAUUCUGCACCCAGGUGCAAGGAGUUCUGUGCAGAAGUCAGGCUGCAGAAUGAAAUGCAACACCAAUGUCAAAUCAAAAGUAGAAAUCAAAUCCUACCCUAAACCUAAUUUUAAUAAUGUUAAACCCAAAGUUGUAUCUCGAGCUCAGCAAAUGUCAUCAGUAUCAAAAAGCCAUGUAUCUCCUGUGGCAGGAGUUUCAUCAAAGCAUUUUCCAAGGUGCAGUAGUUCCAUCUCAUCUAUUGAGUCUCCGUGUGCUCUAUCUCCUGCACCAAAACACAGAAAGGACCAACUUUCACAGUCAGCAUUGAAGCCAAAAUCUGACUAUGUACAAUUCCAGAAGGCAGUGUUUAGGAAGAGAAUUUAUGCAAGUGAGCAGCAGACUUCUGGGAUUACAGUAAAGAGAAACUCCAAAUCCAGUCGCAGUAUCAGCCCUCAAGCCAGAGUAUCUUCAACAUCUACUUUUGUCGGUGGAACUGAAAGUCAUGGAUAUGGCUCACUGCACAUGGCCAAGGCAUGGCCCCCUUCUGUGGGAGCUAAUGCAUGUGAGCUUAAAACCCGUCACUCUGGAGUAGAAGAUGUCAGUCUGCCAAGACCAGUGAUUCCAAGUGUUAAACCAAGGCCACGUUGUGGCAGUUCGGUAGGUGACACAGAUGAUCACCUGCUUCAGAGUAAUAGUCCAGCAGCUGCUGCUUGUGAAGAAGUUCACACCAAUCAAGCUCCUUUAACAAAAUCAUCACCCAGCAUCGCUAGAGUUCAAGUUGGACGGAAGCCAUGCCUUGGUGGUAGUACUAAGAGCCAGACUGUGCCGUCUCCCUCUGUGAAGUUGAGAAUGCUGUCUUCUGCAACCAAAUUGCAACAAGGUCAUGUGAACCAUGAUGGUCGUGCUGGAAAUAUGCAUAGUUCAAAAAGUAAACAGCCGUUGAUCUCUGAUCAACAAAAAGCAAACUCUAUUAAAGCAAAACCAAGAUCUGCAUCAUUGAAAGCUGCUUUGAACUGGGGUGGUAAUGCAAUAAAAAGCACGCCUGGUUCCAAAUUGCCUGUACCAGCUUCUAGGUUGCAAAGAGUCAACAGCCUGUCAUCAGUUAGCAGUGGUGUGUCAAAUCAGAGUGUUCCAAGCACUUGGAGUAACAAUUCUGUAGUUACUUCAACAAACCGUCAAGCAGAUAAUCCUCGGAAACGUGCGGUCUCUGCAAACUCUUGCAGAAGUAUUCAAACACCAUGUGCCAAGUCAUUGCAGAAAAAUAGAGUGGUUUCUUUGAAGACCCCAUGCAAAGGAUUGAAUAGAAAUGUCACCUCUUCAAAUCAAACCCUUCAAGGGUCAGGUUCAAAGUCUUCAAAACAGCAAAGCACUUCACGCAAGUUGGAAGCUGACACAACUUGGGUGAAAUCAAACUCUUCCGCACAGAAGCCAAGUUCCCAAAUGACUCGUGUGUCAACUCGGGCUUCACCAGAAUCCCUUGGGUUACCUCACUACAAAGCUAAAUGUGAGAAACAGGUUGCGUGGAUUACAUGGUUGAAAGAACUAUUGAAAGCAAAUAACCAAAGAUUUGAAGCUGUUGCAGUAGUAGUUCAGUAUCUUCAAACCCAGCGGGAGGAAGUAAGCAAACAACACAAGGAACUGUCUCAUGAGCUGCUUACACUGCGCAGUGAGCUAGAGACCAGGAACGUGACGUUGGUUCAGUUGGAGAAGGAUCGGGAGGAACUACAAAACAGAUACGAAGGAGUAAUUCAAACGCUAUCUGAAGAGCACCAGACUGAACUUAAAGAAUUAGAAAAAAGACUUGAGGAGCUCUUCACUGCAGAGAAGGAGCACCUACAGCAACGCUUUGAAAAUGAUGUCAAGAAGUUGCAAGCACAGCUUCAAAAGGAGAUUGAAGGGGUAACCUCUAAACAUGAUGCUCGUAAACUGGAGCUUAUUGCAACUCAUUCAAAAAACCUGGAGUGUCUUCAGAAAGAAUAUCAACAGUCUCUAACAGAGCUUAACAGAUCACAUGAACUGGAUCUGGAGACACUUGAUGAGAGCUUUAAAGAAAGACAAUCACUCUUGCAGCGCCAAAUUGAAAAACUGAUUGAGGAAAAUGAUUCUCUAAAGAAAGAAAUUCAAAAUAAGGAGGAAAUCAUCAAAGCACAAGCACAGAAGGAAAAAAAAAUUGACCCCUUGAGUCUAUACCUGCAGCAAGAACUGGACAGUUUAAAGGCAGUACUGGAAAUAAAAAAUGAGAAGAUACAUAAUCAAGAGAAAAAGCUGAUGCAGAUGGAAAAGCUGAUGGAGAAACAUACUGUGUUAGAUGAAAAGCUUAAAAUUGUGAUGCAAGAAAAUGAAGACUUAAAAGCUCGAAUGGAUAAACACAUUGCUGUGUCUCGGCAACUCUCGACUGAACAGGUUGUUUUACAAGAAUCACUACAGAAAGAAUCAAAAGUGAACAAGCGCUUAUCUAUGGAAAAUGAAGAACUUCUGUGGAAGCUACAUAACGGUGAUGUUCUUGGUCUUAAGAAGUUGUCACCAACAUCCCCUUUAUCCUUUCAGCCUUCCAAAGCUCCAGUGUCAUCCUCAUCUAGCCCUACAUCAUCACCAAGGUGACACUUCCAAAUGAAUAACACUCAAAAUGACUUUUUGAGAUCACUGGCUAUAAUGACAAACAAAGGGCUACUGGAUGUUGACCAUGACAUACAAACUAUUGUCCUAUUAUAUGGGUUGAGAAUUGGAAAAAUAUUUCUUCCUUUGAGUGUUUCUAAUUGUAUAUGAGACUCUGUAUAUAGAAUAUGUUGCACAACAGCACUUAAUUAACACAGCAAGAAUCUUGCUUUUGCCUUUUUGCCUAUUACAAGUAAACUCAGGGCAAGUAGAUUAUAUUUGACAAAUUUUGAGUUUUCCUCAUUGAUUUGUGAAUAGGAUUUUUAUUUUGUGAAUGGAGUGUUUAAAAUCAAACUGAAGUAUUGGGGUUGCCUUCACUAUUCGCAAGCAAAUUGCUGCUAGAAUCUUUUCCCAGAAAAUAGAAUGAGGACUAACGUUGCUGUCUGAAGUUGCACAACAUAUGGCAUAAACUAAGUAGGCCAAAUCUAUCUAAAUAUUCUCAUGUCCAUGCUUUGUUCAAUGUGUCGGAGGAUGUCUGUGCAGAAUUUGGUCCUUGAUUAGUGUUAGAUUUAUGCAGGUGCCUGUAUCUAUAAAUUUUUGAUCUUCGCAAGCUGAGAAAAUGUAGUGCCAUGGAGAUAACUUUUUUUAUCUUAAGAACACUCAAUAUGUUGUCAAUCUAAGCACUUGAGCAAAAUGAAAGUUUUGCAUUUAAAUAGUAGUGCAAGUGGAGCACUUGUAUCCCAAGACCACAGAGCUCAUAUUUGCUUAUGCUAUGGGAAAAAUUUGGAUUUUCUUUAGCAUAAUGAGGGAAUCUGUCUGCUUGACCACAAAGUAAAUAUUCCAUUUUUUUGAAGUGUUCAGAUGGUCCUUCAGUUGCUUUUGAAUAUUUUUCUGCAAAGAUAUAUGCUAGUUAUGAAGAAGAUUACAAGUCUAAAUAUUCAUUUGGUCACAAGUUCUUGGCUUCAGUUACAAUUGUAUGAACUUGUCAUUUUUACAAUGUGAAAAUCUGUUGGACAGUGACUGCCCUGAAAACUAUUAUGAAAUUUUGAGAGCAUGUUUAUAUCAUUACUUUAUUAAUGCUCAUGUUGCUAUAUACUUGCACCUUUAGUGUCUGUGUUUUGGCCCUCUAUUUCACACCCUUGUAAUACUCCGCUGUUGAGAAAGGGAAGCAAAACGUAACUUGUCAAAUUCUGAUAACAGUUGAACUGAUUUCUGUAGCAAUCUGGGUGACCUGUCUUUAUUGUCCUUUUAUCUUUUCCCAUUCACCAAUAUUCUCAGUGGCAUCUGAACUUAGACUGACAUGCAAAUCCCAGAUGCCUUUGUAACUCUGCCACAAAACCAAGGCAAUGUAAUCUUAUUUGCACUUAAUUUCUUUUAACAUCUGAUAACCUGGAGUUUCAUAACAGAUUGUAUCCUGUUAUUCUGAUGGAUUAAUCUUAAGAUCUGUUUAUAAGAGCAAUUUGACUUGUGAAAUUUACUGAACAUUGAUUGUGAUCCUGGCAGCUCAGUGGUUUGUGAAUGUGGAUCACAGAAGCUUGUACACCUUUAUCUUUGUCUAUUGUGACACCAGUGAAGAAAUCUUGACCAAAUGAGUCCUUCAUCACUUUUUAUUUAAAAUAAUUUUGUCCCUAGAGCGUAAUUCGGUGUUUAGACUUGAGGUUUUUCAAUUAUGUUGCAUUCCAAACCAGCCCAGCUGAAGCUGGUUCAAAUAGUAUCAAAAUUUUAUUUUUGGUUUCAUGUCCAUCUUUGCUAGAGUGAUGCAUUUGUCAAUAGACCCCUCUGUUGUACAGCCACAUGUUGCUACUGCUGAUGAAUAUAUUUUGUUACCAUUGCAAAUUGAUGCUUGCUCCCAUUUUGUUUUAUCAGCUAUGUUAUGGCACACUGUUCACACUUUCAGUAUAGCCAUAGGUUCUCCUUUAAAAAAAGCAAAUGGACAUAGCAAAUGUUCAUGUAAGCUAUCAAACUUGGCAUUCAUGAUAUAAAAUGCUACAGUUUCUCAGGAUAUCCUUGGUGAAAAUGAGUUUUUAAAAAUAAGACAGCUUUAAAUUAUCUGUCAUGGUGUAGUUUCUUCCACUGGAUCCAAUGCUCAAUGAAACAGUCAACUUUAAGUUCUGUAUUGAAAAUUUAAUUUCAUCUAUAAACAGUUAAGCAGAAGAGUUGAGAACUACAUCAGGCAAUUGGAUUUGAGCAUGGUUUGGAAGCUUACUUUCUAUGCAAUUUUACACCGUUGCCCAAUGGAAAUGCUGAUGUGAAAUUUGCAAUACUAAAAUCAACUUUUAAAUGAAAACAUUUCCUAUUAUCCUGUUGGUUCUAAAAGGCCAUAACCCAAUCUUUCUUUGACAAACUUAUUGAGACUGUCAAGUCUGAUUUAGUCAAAUUAUUGCAGAUGUGUCUCAAUGUUUAUCCUUGGCCCAACCAGUUUAAACUUUGAGGUUUUUUAAUUGCACGUUCACUGAGCUACAAAACAAAGUAUGAGGUUUCUUUAAGCUUGCUAGAAGUUUGAAAACUAAUGGUUCCUGAGCAGCUCAUUCUGCAGUUACUUUAGUGCAGAGUAUUUGUUUAAACUGAUUUCCGCAUGUUGGAGUCUCAAUUACCUUGUUUAACUGAGGUUCCAAUUUUUGGAAGAAUGUUGCAUUAUUUGAUAAAAUUAGCAACUCUUUUUUUUCCCUCAAUGGCUAGUUUCCAUAUUGUUAUGAUCGUUAUACCGUUCUAGGUAUUUGCAACAUUUUAACAACUAAGUUACCCAUAGAAGAUCAUUUCUAACUUUUGUAGUUAAUAUCCAAAUUAUAUAAAACCUCUACCCUUAAUCAAUGAGUUUGUUAUAUUAUAGGAAGGCAUUUUGAUACAAUUAGUGCAACUAGAUGAAAAAUUAUUCAUGUAUAUCUUUAGAAGUUUAUAGUAAAGUUUGUCAAGUUAAUUGAAACGUUGUGCAACACAGCUUGUAAACGUUUUCAUUUACUGUUGUGUGCUUUGUCUGUUAGUGAUCAUUCUUUUUAAAUUUAAUGCAUUGUCAAUAUAUUUAUCAUAUUGCUUCCUUGUUGAAUAAAGUAAUUGUUUUCUCUAUCAAA